UUUAGGAGAAUGUAGGGGAAUAGAGAGUCACAUAUAAAGAUUUUGUUCAGAAAGUAUCUGAAUAAAAAGUGGAAAGAAAUUAAGAAAAAAGAAAAAAGAAGAAAAAUGUGCAAGUUUGUGCAAGUGGGUGUGUGCAGGUGAAGUAAGUGUUCGAUUCGUAUUGUUAAUGAACUGGUCAUCUAAAAUUAAUUUAAAUAAACAAUCAAAACCUCUGAGACCCUUAUGAUGUUUUUGAAUAUGUAGAUAUUAAAUAUUUUUUCAUCGAUGCUUUGAAUGAAUAAAGAGUUGCAGAGUGUUUAAUAUUGUCAGGUAAAGCAUUCCAAAUGUCUGGACCAUGAUGUCUUAUCGAUUUAUAGGCCAUAAUAAUUUUGGGGUUUGUUAAGUGGAAAUCAGAUGAGUGUCGUGUGGGAUAAGAAUGUAUAUCACUAUUGUAAACAAAAAUAUUUCGAAAUGCCAAAGGUAUAGUAUUUAUCCAACAUUUAUACAUAAAGAUUGCAGUUUGAAAACUGUGAAUGUCAGCGAUUUUUAAUGUUUUUAGUUUACAAAAUAUUGGAUCAGUAUGGGCUAAAUAAUGUGAAUGUGUACAAAGACGAAGUGCUUUCUUUUGGAGACGAUAUAUUAACAUAAUUUUCAUCUUACUACUAUUGCCCCAAACUAUGUUACAAUAAGAUAUGUAUGACAAAAUGAAGGAAUUGUAAAGCAUAAAUAGUGACUUUUGUGAUAGAUAAUAUUUUAAUUUAUAUAAAAUGCCUAUGCUUCUCGAGACUAGCAUGCAAAUGUUGUUAAUAUGACUAUUCCAAGUUAGGUUUGAAUCAAUCAUUACACCUAAGAAUUUUGUAACUUCUUUUUCAAUUAUGGGCAUGUUAUCUUUAAAAAUAUCAUAAUGAAGUACAUGUUUAGAGUGUAUGUUUUUGAAAUAAAUACAAUUAGUCUUAUUAAUAUUUAAAGAGAGUUUAUUGGAUUUGAACCAAGAUGAUAAUUUAUUUAGUUCUAAAUUGAGGGUUGUAAUAAGAAUGUUUAAGUCUUUAUGCGAAUAAAAUACGUUGGUAUCGUCUGCGAACAGAACAUAUGUGAGGAGUGGUGAUGCAUUAACAAUAUCAUUCAUAUAUACUAAAAACAGUAGGGGACCUAAUAUGGAGCCUUGUGGUACUCCGCAUUCUAUGGUGGAAUUAGAUGUUGUAGAUUUAAACAUAACAUAUUGAUGUCUAUUACGCAAAUAGUCUUCAAACCAAGAAAGUACAAUCCCUCUAACUCCAUAUGCUUUUAAUUUAUGUAUUAAUAUACGAUGGUCCAUGGUAUCGAAUGCUUUCGAUAAGUCCAUAGUUAGUUAGUUAAUACAAUCGCACUAAAGACUUUUGAAUAGUCAUAUAUUUCGGUUUGGUAAUAUCGAAUGCUUUCGAUAAGUCCAUAGUUAGUUAGUUAAUACAAUCGCACUAAAGACUUUUGAAUAGUCAUAUAUUUCGGUUUGGUAAUAUCGAAUGCUUUCGAUAAGUCCAUAGUUAGUUAGUUAAUACAAUCGCACUAAAGACUUUUGAAUAGUCAUAUAUUUCGGUUUGGUAAUAUCGAAUGCUUUCGAUAAGUCCAUAGUUAGUUAGUUAAUACAAUCGCACUAAAGACUUUUGAAUAGUCAUAUAUUUCGGUUUGGUAAUAUCAUUUCCUGUUUGUAUUUCAGACAAUAUCACGGAAUCUUCUUCAUCAAGUGAUUUUCUGGACAUGAGUAAUAUUGACUCGAGCGAAGACUAUAUCACGGACUCUUCUUCUUCUUCAUCAAGUGAUUUUCUGGACAUGAGUAAUAUUGACUCGAGCGAAGAAAAUAUGGAUUCAUAUCAGUAUGCAGAUAACACAUGCUUGGCGGAAUCAUGUUUUGGUGGCGAGGAAACGACUGUAUGUAGAUGCGAUGAUAUGUGUCAAUUCUUUGGUGAUUGCUGUCCAGACUACCCUCUAACAAUUUUCAACGAGACAGGAUCAAACGAGACUCUAUCAGACGAGAUUCUAUCAAACAAGGCUUUACCAAACGAGACGCUAUUAGACCUUGACGUAUGGGAAUGUAUCGUUGAUUCUUUCCUUCCUCAAUUCGACCCACGCCUCGGACAUGGAUACAGGAUGAUUGCUAGGUGCCCAUCAGGAUGGUCUUUAGAGGAGGAUGUCAAACGAAACUGUGAAGAGGUUUCUCCCAAUGCAACUAUAGAUGUUCUUUAUAUCUACCAGGACACGUACUUCAGAAACCUAGAUUGUGCUUCUUGCCAUGGGUAUGAAGAAAGUUCGUUGACAGCUGUUGUCAUUUCAGCAGACCAACAAUGUUGGUGGGGAGAUAAUUAUACUCUUGAAUGCAUGAAACUAAUGCCCACAUCACAGUCCAACGUUUCGCUGAAUAUCAGCGGAUCUAAUAUCAUGCCUUCGGUUCGAACCAUUCCCAAACCUCGACUUUGUCUCGUGAAUACAUCGGGAAGUUGUCCGAACGGGACAGACGAAGAGGUAGCCCGCGAGUGUCAGUAUUAUUACAAACCAUUCAUUGUUGAAGGUGUUGUAAGUAAGCAUCCUGCAUGCAGUUAUUGCAAUGGAGGUUCCUUGAUAUGUAUCGAUGAAGUGAUUACAGUACCAUUAGAAGGCGCAAUUGAUAUUUUUCGUAUUGACUACCCCGACCCAAUAAUACAAUCACAAUGUAUAGACGGAUUCGAGUUGGAUGACAAUGGUAACUGCGCUCCGAUAUCAUCUGAUUGGCCCGUCUGUCAAUCCAAACAUUUUGGGGUCAAACAAAAUAACGGAUCUGAAGAGUGUUUAAAAGAGAUGGUUUGUUUCAGGGAGGUGACCAUAGAUAAUACCACACUAACUUUAACAGCUCCGCCACCUUGUCUAGUUAGGUCUUCAACAGACGUGGUUAAUAAUGCCAUAACAUUCAGUUUGAUUUACACGGAUGGCAUGAACCCAUCUCUUGAUAUAAUCCAGAGCGAUAUCAUACAUCGAAUUAAAACUCCUAGCCGCGACCAAUGUAAAGACAUGGUAAUAUCAGCUAGUCAGUCCUGUUUUGUCGAAGACAACCCUGGAAACAUAACACAUCGUUGUCCCGAGGAAAUUUUUGUCGGACACAAUUUUGAUUUUACGGCUUCUCUUAGCAACAACGAGUCUUUUAUUUUCUUCAAUGGAACUUAUAUUCGACCAAAAUGGUGGAGUAAUAUCACCAACAUGCAGUUCAGCAGUGCCACCGUCUCAUCAGAGUAUCAGUUUGUGGUGUGUGGGACCGAGAUUGCUCUCCAAACCUGCUCUUUCUUCACGGUUUCCAAUGAUUCCAUUGAAUGGGACUACCAAGAAAACCAGUCUGUUAUUCUGUAUCAAGGUCAGAUGUACGACCUAGAGGACAUUCUGAUUCAUCCCGAUAGUUCCAUAAGCAUCUGCUAUAUUGAUCAGGUCACACCCAUUAGUAGAAGGACAUUGAUGAUCAUAGGCCAUGUUCUAUUUGCCGUAUCAUCAGUUUGUCUUUUCGCUACGUUAAUAACUUACAUUUCCUUCUCUACCUUGCGGAAUCGUCAGGGUGUCUCCAUAAUGAAUUUCAUUGUUGCCUUGUUCCUUGGACAAAUCUUUCUUCAGUACAUACGUCUUUCAGUCUCCCAGUUUAGAAUACCUUCUAUAGUUGUUGCUGCGUUAUCCCACUUCUUCUUCCUUGCUUCGUUUGUUUGGACGAAUAUCCUUGCUUGGGACCUGAGUCGAAGCUUUGCAGCAAACAAGAUAAAAUCAUUUUCAUCUGGCUCAUUUGGUCGUAAGAUGGUGGCUUUUCUUGUUAUUGGAUGGGGCACUCCUCUCGUCUUUGUCUCGAUCACUUUGGUCCUUCAGUUCGGAGGAUUCCAGAAUGGUCCUUUCUUGGAAUACGAUAGUAAUACAUGCUGGCUUGCCAAACUAUCUAGCAUAGUAAUGUUCUUUGUUCCAAUGUCUGUAUGUCUUCUAUCCAAUCUCGUGUUUUUUAUCAUCACGGUACAUGGAAUUCAUUCUACCAAAAAAACAACAUCGGUGCUAAAACCUGGCCAGGAAUCACAAUUCAAACAAUUGGCUGUUGAACUCAGAAUAUAUGUCAAGAUCUCAGCUCUUCUUGGAUUCGCCUGGUUAUUUGGGUUCUUAGCUAUGGUCAUCGAUGUCCCCUUCAUGGACUAUCUCUUCGUCAUCAUCAUCAGUCUCCAAGGCGUCUUCAUUUUUAUUUCAUUUGGUGCCAACAAACGAGUGAAGAAACUCUGGCGAACAUCCAUGGAGAACUCAACGCUGUGGACGACUCUUUCUCGAAGAGAGUAUUCAAGCGGUCGUAGUAAUACUGGAACAAAAGAUGGACGCACACAAUGUAGUGAGAAACAGUAGACACUAUAAAUAUAAAUGGAAGGAAGAAAGAGUAGAUACUGACCAUAAGUUGCAAAGGGGAGGGGGUAGUAAAACAGCCGUCGCAGUUCCUACUCGUCAACAGAGAGAGAGAGAUUAAGUGAAGGGGUGGGGUGAAGAUGUCAUCUAUUAAAGGGAUGAUUAAAUGUUGGCAUAGAGGGGCCCACACAUAAUAUUUUUUGUGUGAGAUAACUAAAAACCGAGUGUCAAAUUCGGAAGAGCAUGCAAUUUAAAUGAAAAAUCAUAAAUAAUAAAUAAAUAAAUCCAUAAAUGUAACCAUUUUUGGGGCCCCCACAAAUAUUCAAUAAUUUUGAACCAGCCGUUGAAAGAUCGAAAUAGCACCUAAUACGUUUUAUUCCAGCCAA